UUAAAAAGGUGAUCAGACGUUUAGGCCGGUUCUGUUGGAGCAGUUGCCUAUGUUCUGACAUCUGUAACCUUGGAAUAUACCUCUGGAUAUAAACUCUCCAGCAGAAUCCAUCUCUUUUUCUCUUCACCAUCGCCUGAAGCUCUCCUCCUGAGGAUUUCCCAUUGCCAACCCCUGGGAUGCUGUGAGGAAGAGGAAGAUGCCCAUGGACACUGAGGCAGAGCAGGAACUGAGCAUGGAGAGCAGGGAGGACAAAUGCCUGCGGCAGAACCUGGUGGAAGAGGCCGUUUUGAGCGGCUCCACGGCGCAGGAAGCCAACGGGGAGGAAAAGCCCCGGAGAUGCCGCACGAGGAGGAGCUGCAAAUGCAGCUGGUGGGGAUCUGAGGGGGAAAGAGCCAGCCUGGGCCGGGAAGGUGGCGGGAGAUGGAGCCAGAGCUCGGAGCUGGUACUCCAUGAGCAGCUCCAUGAUGGGGAGAAGCCCCACAUGUGUGUGGAGUGUGGGAAGAGCUUCAGGCGGAACUGCAACCUGAUUGUGCACCAGAGGAUCCACACUGGGGAGAAGCCCUACGAGUGUGGGGAGUGUGGAAAGAGCUUCAGCCAGAGCUCCAGCCUGAUCAAGCAUCAGAGGAUCCACACUGGAGAACGGCCCUUCGAGUGUGGGGAGUGUGGGAAGAGCUUCAGCCUGAGCUCCAACCUGAUCAAGCACCAGAGAACCCACACUGGGGAGAGGCCCUUCGAGUGUGGGGAGUGUGGGAAGAGCUUCUCGCAGAGCUCCCACCUGUCCUCGCACAAGAGGACCCACACUGGGGAGAGGCCCUAUGAGUGUUCCAAGUGUGGGAAGGGGUUUCAGAUCAGCUCCCGUCUCAUCAGGCACUAUCAGAGUCACACAGAGGAGAGGCCCUUCCAAUGCCCCGAGUGCGGGAAGGGAUUCAGGCAGAACGCCCACCUCAUCAGGCACCGGCGCAUCCACACUGGGGAGAGGCCCUACGAGUGUCCCCAGUGUGGGAAGAGCUUCUCCAGGAGUUCUCACUUGACCCGACACCAACAGAGGCACCGGUAAGGGAAGCCCUGCGAGUGCCCCGAGUGCGGGAAGAGCUUCGUGCGCUGCUCCAGCUCCAUCCCCCACUGGAGGAGGCACUUUGGGCACAGCCCGGGUCACUCACAUUCCCUGUGAUCCAUGUUGGCAACACACCUGGCUGCUUCUCCUUUUGGUUUCGCAUUAAGUUUUUUAUCUUCUCCGCCUCUCUGCUGUCUAAAAGCCAAGAGGGAUGGAUCUGUCACCUCAAAUCCCAGUGAAAACAGCUCAGUCUUAGACUCAGAGAACUCAGGCCCACAUCAAAAGGGCUUUUUCGCACCUCAAAAAAGCUCUACCUCUUCACAAACCUACUCGAUUCCACAGCCACCAGGGUGAGAUGGGGUUUGGAGGUGAUUUGGAGUAGUAGGAUCUCAAUUAGAUUGGUGGGAUGGAUAUUCUGUGGGUCAGGGUUUGUGGGAUGUAUUUGAUAGCAAAUAAAACUCUCAGAC